UCCAAUGUGUCUCACCCAACCAUGGGCAUGGAGGUGCAAGGGCACCACUCUCACCAUUGAGUGGGCAUCUGGCUCAUUUUAGCAUCUUAAAGGGGGGAUCACCACUCAAAAAUCUGGACUGACCUUUGGACUACAAUAUUAACCAGAAUAGAAGCUGCUUUGCUUGGACCGAAAUGAUCUGAUCUUAUAUUUUAACACACAAGGAAAUUUAACGGAUUACACAAAAUUAUCCACUUUUGCAUGGAACAUUGAAGCUCCAACUGUCUCUUUCAAAGACUUCACAAUCUUUCCAAGUUUGAACACACCUCUCCAUUUCUUCCUUUUUCUCAACUCUCCAUCAUUAAACUUUUUCAUCAUGGUUGUGGGUAAGAUGAAGUUAACUUUUCAGAAAAGGGUCAAGUUGGCCCAGGGUUUAUGGCUGCUCUCUUGGAUGGCAACUCUGGGUGGAGCGGUUACCUUCACUUUAGGAUGCUUCCUAAAGACUGAACUUCGAAGGAGGGGAGAGGUAAUGCAUAACACAGACAUCCACUGUGUGCCCAACACCUUGAUGAUUGUGGGUCUGGCUUCAAUGGGCAUCAAUUACUUUGCUGGUCGAAUCUGCCAGGACGCACUAGAUGCUGGGAAUUUUCCACGAUGGAAGACAUUCUUGAAGCCCUAUUUCGGAUGCUCAGUUUUCUUCACCACCCUCAUGCUCAUCUCAGUCAUCUUGAGUUAUGUCAUGAAAGGCAGCCUGGAGUCCUCCCUGAAGAUCGGGCUGAAGAAUGGCAUCAGGUUCUACAAGGACACCGACACCCCUGGCCGUUGCUUCCAGAAGCAGACCAUGGACCACCUUCAGAUGGAGUUCCAGUGCUGUGGUAACAAUGACUACAAAGAUUGGUUUGAGGUGCAAUGGAUCAGCAACCGUUACCUGGAUUUCAGCUCUAAGGAAGUUAAGGACCGCAUAAAAAGCAACGUGGAUGGCCGUUACUUGGUUGAUGGCGUGCCCUUCAGUUGCUGCAACCCUAGUUCCCCUAGACCCUGUAUCCAAAACAAAAUCACCAACAACACUGCCCACUACAACUACGAGCACCUGAGCGAAGAACUCAACAUCUUCACUCGUGGUUGCAGAGAAGCCCUGGUCAACUAUUACAUGGGGCUGAUGAACACCAUUGGAGCUGUAGUACUGUCCGUAUUUCUGAUUCAGUGCUCAGUGCUGGCCAGUGUGCGCCUCCUGCAGACUUCUUUGGAGGCCAUUUCAGGACAGGAGAAUGUAGAGAUCGAAACAGAAGGCUACUUGCUGGAGAAGGGAGUGAAGGAGACCUUCUUGGAGUAUGUGGAUCCUGUGCUGAAACUCCUGUUGCUUAACCAGGUAUCUCCUCCUGAGGGCAAGGCUGAAGCAGAGGCCUCUGGGACAAAAACUACCACCAGCUAAAGAGUCAGAUUUUGUCUGACCAAUGAAAUCAUUUCAAAUGGAGGCUGAGAAGACCCGUCAGUUCUGUCAAUUUAUUAUCAAUAUUUUGUUAUUUUUUCUGUUUCAGUUACCUAAAUAUCAAAGAAUUGUUUGUUUCAUUUAUACUCUAAAAUCAUUGUCCUUAAAUGUAUCAAUCCUGUUCAGCAGUAUCAACAUGUAAAAUUUCACCAAGUUUCCUGAGAAGUCUCAGCAAGUGAUAAGCUAACUCCACUGUCAGUUCUGUUGCACCGACUACUUGACUAGUCGAUUAGUUCUACCUAGUCUACGUAUUGAGUCUGUUCUUUGGCUAGGCAUUGCCACUGAAUUGUGCUGCAUACCGUAUGGUACGUUUUUUUACAAGGUAAACAUUGACCUGCCAACUAGUUGACUACUUUUCUGGACGACUAGUCGACUAGUAAAUAUGAGUAAUCGUGCAAGCCCAACCCCUCACCCCAUGGCACAUAUGUACUACUGCUAGGCUUGGGGUGAGUAAAUGUCUGUUGUUUCCUGUCAGGAGAAAAUUGGUGUAGCUUUGGCUGCGAAAUGACUUGCAUUAUGCUUUUGAGUUUGAAUCUGGAGUGUUAAGAUGUUUUCGAGUGACUGAGCAGUUUCUAAAAACUGAAAGUCUUUAAGACUUGUAAUUUCCCAAUUACAAAACCAUGUUGUACCUUUAGAAGUGGCUGUUUUUAUAGUGUAUUUUGUAAUACUUCAUACUACAUGGUACAACAGUAUCUGCACAAAUUACUUGCAAUGACAAAGCAAAAUAAUAUCCUGGAAGCUCCUUCUAAUAAUAUGAAUCUUACACAUAUCCUAACAAGGUGCAAUAAAUUUAAGUGACUUGCAAUAAAGUAGUCGUCGCUGCAUCACAUGCGGCACAUUUGCAUAAAGUUGAACUCUGUCGCAUUGUUAAUGGUAUCUGUUGACCGCCUUGAAUCACCAACUCUCGCUGAACAUGAAUGACUUCCAGUAACUUUGCUGCAAAUCACUGGCAGUGUGAACACCCCAUUAAUUUUUUGUCUUAACCGAGACAAAAAAGCUGUGUUUCUUGGUUUCUAUUUUUGUGGCAUUGUGCUGGGUAGCCCCACACAAUGAGAAAUGUCAUUGGUCUAAAAUCCUGCUCUGCAUAGCUGUAUAUGAAACAUCAGAAAUGUUCUGAUUGGCUGCGAUUGUGUUGCUGGUGCAGCAUUCGCUUUCACUGUGGACAAGAAAAUUACUUGUAGCUGGAAACUUGUCACAUUGCACCUGGUUAGGACAUACAUUUGACUUAUCUUAAAUUCAUUGUGUAUUCUUUACAACAAAUGUCAAAUGAAUUUUAAAAAAUCUGAAGAAACACAUUUUUUUUUUCCACAUCCAGUGUAAUUGCAUAUUUUAAACAUAAAUACUUAAAACUGGAAUUAAAUGCAUUUUACAUGUGAAGAGAUUGUGUAGACAAUGCUCAGUGCUCUGAAACUCAAUACUGCACUUGAAGACCUACACAGAAAAUUGUCUGGUCUAAUAAAUCUGAUGUUUUGAACUGCUCUGUAGAGCCAUUUUGUUGAAAUAGACUUAUACUGUAUUCCCUCUUUUUAUUGCCUCUUUCUUUCAAACUUUCACAUGAACACACAAACAUACAGGUACAGACAUUUGUGUACACAACAAAGCGAGCAGAGAGCUCUGCACAUAUUCCUACAGGCAUGUAGCCUUAGGUAGAUACGCAUACACUUUCACAUGCACACAGAUUAGAGACAGAUACUGGAUAAUGGAGGAUGAUGGGUAAUAGCAUAGCAUAUACAAUGAAAGCCUUGUCUGUCCUCUAGUCUGACACUUCUAACCUGUCCUAAUCUGUUAAUAUGCAAACUGCUGCACAAGCACUCACACUCACUGCAUCCGAUUAAACUUAAUAGAGCACGUUAACACAGGAGGGAAGGUGAAAAUUCAAAUUCUUAUCAUUUGAAUAUUAUUUUAGUAAUUCUUCCAAAUAAAAACUAAAACACACACACACACACACACACACACACACACAUGCACGCACACACACACACACACACACAAACUUGUUUUUAUAUCAUUGUGGGGACUCUCCAUUGACUUCCAUGCAUUUUAUGGAUUUUAUACAGACCUAAAGAUAAUUUCUAUCCCCUAACCCUAACCCUACCCCUAAACCUAACCCUCACAGAAACAUUUUUGCAUUUUUACACUUUCAAAAAAACAUCGUUUAGUAUGUUUAAUAAGCUAUUUCCCUCAUGGGGACCGCUGACUGGGCCCCACAAAGUAGGUGAUCUCAGGUUUUACUAUCCUUGUGGGGACAUUUGGUCCCCCACAAGGUAGUAUAAACAUGUACACACACACACACACACACACACACACACAUUCAUAUAUACGUAUAUCUAUAUAACCAGGGUUGGGAGGGUUACUUCUGAAAUGUAUUCCUCUACAGAUUACAGAAUACAUGCUGUAAAAUGUAAUUUGUAACAUAUUCCGUUAGAUUAUUCAAGGUCAGUAAUGUAUUCUAAAUACUUUGGAUUAAUUCUUCAGCACUGGUAGAUUUUUUACUUGUUUUGACUAUAAAAACUCUGCCAGUACAGUAAGACAAAAUACACAUUAAAACCUAAAUAUCUUAUGCAGUAUUGUUUCUAAAACAAGAUAAAUCAAACUGAUCUUGUUUUAAGGAUUUUUAGAUAUUUUUACAGGAAAACAAUACAAAAAUUAUUAUCAAGAAUAUGAUUUUAGCUCUAAUAUCAAAGGUCUUACUAGAAAAAAAUAAAUUAUGACGUGAAUUUUCUUGAUAAAAAAAUAUGAUCGUGCCUGGUAACAUGUGCAGGUAAAAUGGCUAGAAAUAGCAUUUUAGCUUAGCAUAAAGCUAACAAUUUACACAAGGUUUAUUUCUAUUUCUUCUGCUCCAAACUUACUUCAAACUUACUUCUCUGUCUGCUCAUAUAAAUGUAACACAUCAUAAGAAAGUGUUUCACUGCUGUUCAAAUGCACUUUGGAUCACAUAAUUUAUAUGUAUAAAUGUUUUCCAUCUGAAUGGACUAAAUAUUAAAUGAAACAAAUGUCAAUAAAAUGCAAAGUAAUCUCUUCAGGAAUCAAAAUACUUCUUGAAUGUAACUGUAUUCUAAAUACCAAUUAUUUUAACUGUAACUGUAGUGGAAUACAGUUACUUAUAUUUUGUAUUUUGUGUAAUCCCGUUACAUGUAUUCCGUUACUCCCCAGCCCUGUAUAUAACAUAUAUAUGAACCUACAUAUAUAUAUAUAUAUAUACACUACCGGUCAAAAGUUUUGAAACACUUGACCGAAAUGUUUCUCACGAUCUUAAAAAUCUUUUGAUCUGAAGGCGUAUGCUUAAAUGUUUGAAAUUAGUUUUGUAGACAAAAAUAUAAUUGUGCCACCAUAUUAAUUUAUUUCAUUAUAAAAUAAAAUUAAAUAAAAAAAAAAAAGUUUUUGAAAUUGAUGACUUGGACCAAAUAAUAAAGAAAAGCAGCCAAUAAGUGCCCAACAUAGAUGAGAACUCCUUCAAUACUAUUUAAAAAGCAUCCCAGGGUGAUACCUCAAGAAGUUGGUUGAGAAAAUGUUGAGUACAUGUCUGCAAAUUCUAGGCAAAGGGUGACUACUUUGAAGAUGCUAAAAUUUAACACAUUUUUGAUUUAUUUUGGAUUUUGUUUAGUCACAACAUAAUUCCCAUAAUUCCAUUUAUGUUAUUCCAUAGUUUUGAUGACUUUACUAUUAUUCUAAAAUGUGAAAAAAAAUUAUAAUAAAGAAUGAGUAAGCGCUUCAAAACUUUUCACCGGUAGUGUAUAUACAUAUAUACAGUAGUAGGUUUUGUAAGUAAUUUAUAAGUCACUUUGAAUAAAAGCGUCUGCUAAAUAGCUAAAUGUAAUUGUAAGUUUUGAGUCAAAAGUGUAAAUGCAUAAAGCUUGUUUUCUCUAGCAGUGGUUAUCUAUUCUUGUU